CGAAGAGUGAAGUCGCCGGCGGGGGAGUCGCUUUUUCCAAAAAAGGAGGUCAUUCGUCCGCGUGUUUUGUGACAGCUGUUAACGAAGAAUUUUACCGCUAUGCUAAGGCUGAAAGCUUUAGUCCCCUUGACGGUGCUGUUGCUUUUAGUUUCGCAGAAAAGUUUCGUUGACACGGCGCCUCUUUCAGACGGAACGAAACAAGACAGCGCAUCAUCAGUGGACGAAAAUGUCAGAGAAUUGGAAAACCUGAAAAAAUCUUUCGGAAAACUUGGCAAGACGAUGGAUUUAAUUAAAUCUCAGUCAUCCGAGUAUACUAGCAUCAAUGAUGAACAAGAAUCAAGGACACAAAAUGUAGAAGAAGUACACGAAAACGGUGAGACGUUGGCGAAAGUCAGCCAAAACGUCGAGACUGUUUACGAUAAAGAUAAGCCGAGGACAAAAAUCAAGACAGAAAUCAACGUGCCCUCUGAGGGAAUACACAAAAUCAUCGAUCAGACGAUUCCCGAUGAGGAGAAAAAGAUCGAAUCGCGUCGUUCAGGCAUGAGUAAUAAUAUUUUAACAGAUGAAAACCUGAACGAAAAGUUCGGCAUCGGCGGCAGCAUCCGGUACUCCCCCAUGGACGUGGCCAAAUACAUUUUUUGGACGGGAGACGAGAAAGGGGUCACGCUGGCCAUCGAAGAAUUCCUUCGAGAAGAUUUAAGACGCCUCUUCCAGAUGACCGGAGAGGAGGCCUUGGCUUUCCUGCAGGAAAUCAAGUACGAUUUGGACAAGCUCAAGAGCCAUUAUACUCAAAUCGGGCUGAACUCCGUUCAACAUUCGAAGAUUCCAUAUGAAGCGACCUCGCAAUUGGGAUCAAAUUCUAAAGCUAUCUUCUACGAUAAACCGGAAUUGAGGAGCAACUUUAACAUCAAGCAACUUCGAAAACGUAUGGAUCCCACUCAAGAAGCCUCCAUGAAUAAUCCGGAUAAAGCAACGGAGGAGGACUACGACGAGAUCUUGGAGCGUCUGAAAAUCGCUGAUUAUUUGUACACCGAGUACUCGCUGGAAGAAAUCAUCUACCAAUUGGCCAAGGUGAUGUUCACGCAGAGUUUGACGCGCGGCAACGAGGAGGCCCAGCAAGCCCUGCAGAAAUUCACCAACUUCCUGGAGACCGAGGCCGAGCAGGGCCACAUAUCGCGGGAGAUCGAGAAGCGAGUUUUAGACGUGUUGAUAGCCUCGAUGUCCGAUACGCUGAACGAGCACCCGGAGCUGCUGAGCGCUGCGCAGGAGAGCAUGGGCCCGACGGCCACGAGCGGCCAGGGGCACAAUUUCGUGAGGACGGUGCUGCAGUCGAACGUGGACGAUGGCGGAUUGAGGGAGCUGUAUGAGUACAAGGAGAAGGCGAAGAACAAGCUGGCCGACCAGAAGGGCAACAAACUCAAGAAUUACCUGCAAUUCGAUUUCUCCAAAUACAAAUUGACAUAAGCGCGUUGACGGGGAACGUUUAUUUGUAAAUUUAUUUAUUCUAAAAAGAAGUAUAAAAUGAUAGUUUAUGUUAUAUAUUUAUCGAGAGAGUAAAAGUAGGUAGGUAGCGAUUGGAUAGUUUUACUGACUGAAAUAUUCUAUAUCUCUAUAAGAAAAUAUGUUUAAUAUGUACCUAAUAUUUCAGUUCCUUCUUUAAACCUUUUCUUCGUGAAGAUUAUUAUCUUAAAAAAGAACCCACUUAGACAAGAAAAUUUUAACUAUUAAAGCAUAAGAAACAUUACUUUUUCUUGGACAACUUGUAUAAUAUAUU